AGCUUCACCUGCAUCCAUUUGCUCUGUUCUUUCUUUCUGACUUUCACAUGUCCCUCGUAAUCCAACAUACCAGAUCUCGGUGCUACAGGCCGCUGUUGGUCCUGCCGACACUUUCUAGUCCGAAAUCAAAAAACAGGCACCGCCCUUUCGUCCUCGUAACAAGGUUCUACGCUACUCGCCGAACCACGGUCGAUCCUACCACACUUUCUCAGUCACUCGACACUAAACAACGAGCGUUCCGAUCGAAAGAAUCCGUUGGGCCCUUUCAACUCGCCUCCUCAUCCUUCAAUUCUACGGAACGAGUACCAAAAUGGUCGGAGCUAAGCACUGCAGGGAAGGUCAAACGUACUACGGCGCGAACUUCUAAUCUUGCUGUGAUUGCGUUUGGGGCCGGUCUUUCAGCAGUUUUAAUUUACUGUCUGACUUCCGAAUUAUUUUCGAAGAACUCUCCGACCGUGUUGUACAGUGCUGCUUGCGAACGCGUCAAAGCUUCUCCCGAGGUAGCCAAAUAUCUCCCCGGAUCACUGGUUUUCCAUGUCACUCCCGCCUCACUUGAACGACCCCGGCAUCGAAAUCACCAAGUAUCAUCUCAGAUAGUUCUUGACCAGCAUAACCGAGAGCAUAUGUUUAUGAACUUCUAUGUGCAAGCCCGUUCGCCUGGGAGCAUCGUUUCCGACUCUUAUUAUGACUCCUUUGAAAAUUGGAUAAGAGACAGCGUAGCUAGCUUCUCCGAAAUGUCUUACGAGGACAUGGUACAAUGGACGAAAGAUCAUUCUUCGGCUACAUGGGAAAGGUUUCAACGCUCAUUCAAGUACCUUACCGGUGCACCACUUUCACCAGCUUCAGCAUCGACGACACCGUCGUCUCAAACUGACUCUGAAUGGCAACAACCACCAAGUACAUUAUCUCAAUUGACCGGUCUCUUUUCAUCUCUGAGACGGACACCUACCAGUACCACCGAUAACCGACAGAGUGGGCAGAUAUUCACCGAAGGAGAAGUACAUGCCGACUUCGUCAGGAACAAUGAUGGAUACUUUGUGUGUCGGUAUAUCAUGGUGAACAUACCAAAUUCGCGUUCUCCGAUACGCAUAUUCGUUGAGCGUGGGGUGGGUGUCAGAGAUAACGAGCCGAUAAUGCGUUGGCAUACUGCAUAAUAUUCACGAUCGUUCAUUUAGGCUAGCAUUUGAGUCAACGAGUACAAGUCCUUGUCA